AUGUCUCCAGCAUCAAAAUCUAAGUCAAAGGACAAAAAGGCUGGCAAGGAACCCCAGAAGGCUUCAUCAAAGCCUUCAGGACCUGCAAAUGCAGGGAAUGGUAUCUCAGCUAGUGCAUACAAUCCACUAUCUGGAACAUUUCAUACCAUUGAAACAGUGCCGACAUCCGCUGCUUCACCUCUACAUGGUAAUGGUCGUUUCCGAAACAUAGAUGAGACAGAUGAUCAUCCAGGUGGCUCACUUGGAGCUGGGGUUGAGUAUGAUUCUGUUUCAAAUAAUGGUAGCUGGUCUGGUGAAUCAGAAGAUCACAAAGAGAAGACUUCUAAUCAUCCAGUCCGGCUGGAAACAAUACCAGGUGCUGACAAUGACAAGAGGGAAAAAAUCCGCCAGAAGAACGAGAAAAAGCAUCAGCGUCAAAAAGAGAGGCGAGCGCAGGAGUUGCAUGAGCGGUGCACUGGCUAUCUAAUGUCGAGAAAGCUGGAAGCACUAGCUCAACAGCUUGUUGCAAUGGGAUUUUUGCAUGAGCGGGCAACAAUGGCUCUUAUAUUGAACGAAGGCAAGUUAGAAGAAUCUGUAACAUGGUUGUUUGAAGAGGGUGAACAUGCAGAUAAGCACAGGGAUCAAAACCUUGGUGGGGGUACUUUGAAAAUUGAUAUAUCAGAAGAGCUUGCUCAGAUUGUGGAAAUGGAAAUCAGAUAUAAGUGCACAAAACAGGAGGUUGAAAGAGCUUUGGUUGGCUCUGAGGGUGAUCUCGAGAAGGCUGCAGAAAGUUUAAGACAACUGAAGCUAGAUCCACCUUCUGCUCCACCAAAACCUGAGGAAAAUGGUGAUCCUCCAACAUCAAGUAAUGAUAAGCUUUCUGUAGCAGGUAGCCAGAACGUGGUCCAAGCACAACCAAAGCUCAACCCGCCUAUGAUGCAGCAAAGAAGAGAUGAUAAAGAUUUUAACUAUACAAAAGGCACUGUUCCAGUUAGCGGAUCUUCAGAAUCUGGGAGUAAAAAUGUGCAGCCUUUGAAGAGAAUACAACCGAAGUUGGAUUGGCCAAAGCCCCAGCCAACUCUGACUCCAACUGACAAAAGAUGGCCAAGUGCCGGAUCAAAUCCGUCAGUUUCUUAUUCUUUGGCAUCUCCUUUGCAAGUGCCACCUCCACCAGCCAAGAUAGAAACCCGUUAUGUUGCUGUUGGAAGUGAAUACAAGUGCCUUCAGCCUGGAACAGUUAGAGAACCGGUGAUAAUGAUGCAGCGGCCUCAGUCUGUAAAUUCAAAGCAGAUUCCAACUACAAGCAUAAGCUCAUCUCCUCCUGGAACAGCUGCCGGUUGGUAUCCCACCAAUAGCGUUGAUAUCAUGAAGCCAAAUGGUUUGAUGCCUCACAUUCCUAGCACAAGAAGCCUCAGCCCAAACAAUCUGAGUUCCAGUCAGAUGUUCCACCAAUUUCAUUAUCAGCAACCACAGCAUUUUAUUCCCUGCAGUGGCCCAGGGGAUUCUCCUGGAACCAUCAAAGUAAAUGGCUUAUGGAGUAGACCUGGUGCAUCACCAUCACUUGCUGCUGCUUCUUCCCUUGGACUUUUCUCCGGAUUGGGUUCAACAGGUUCAUCAGGGGCAUCCUCUCCAGUUGAUUGGAGCACUUCUGGGUCUAUGGCGCAGUUAGACUACACCAGCAUAGACUGGAGUUUGGAUCGAGGUCUAUCUUCCCCAAGUCCUGGUGGAUUAUUUUUAGGGCCUACAAGUUUAAAGAGCAGUGCUCAAAUGUAUGAUGCUAGUGCGUCUGGCUUUGGUGCUAGGCUGGCAAUGAGAUCAGCUCCCAUUGUCAAUGACAAUGGCAAUGGCAUACCCCUUCCGGGAUUGCAGGAUGGUGUUGUGGCUAAUUCAGAAACAUCUACCCCCGGUUCUCGUGAAUGGACUUCUCCAUUUGAAGGGAAUGAUCUCUUUGGCUUGUCAAGACAGUUUGUUUCAUCUCCUUCGCUGUAG